AUGGCCGAGAAGCAGAAUCACCAAAAGAAGCUCGACGACAAGGAAGCUCAGAUCAAGGAACGAGAGACACUUGUCUUGACUUUGAACCAAGAAGUCAUGCUCCAAGACAACACGAUCUUUAGACUCCAUCUUCAAGGCAAGCAGAAGGAUGCCGCUCUCCUGGAGAACAGAUAUACCAUUACAGAACUCGAGAGGCAAGUGAAGAGCAACAAAGAAUCCCAAGCUGAAGUCAGAGCGCCAACUCAGACUCAAGGCUCUCCCUUGCCCAGCACAUCUCAAGAACUGCCAGAGAGAAAAGAAAUCCAAGUUCAAGUGAAGUGA